CUAUUCAUAUUCAUUUUCAAUCAUAUCAUCAUAUAAAUCUGAUUCUUAACAAUAAUAUUCUGUAUAUUUAGGUUUCCAUUCAUUCAUUAUCACACUCCCAUAGUCCCAUAUCACCAUAUUUCCCCUGGGUUUAGGGACAAACUUAUCAAUGGACCGGUUUGCGAGUUCUCCGCGUCUUAUGAUCGUUUCCGAUCUUGAUCAUACAAUGGUUGAUCAUCAUGAUCCUGAGAAUCUUUCUAUACUAAGGUUUAACGCCUUAUGGGAAGCUAAAUACCGUCAUGAUUCACUGUUAGUGUUCUCAACGGGAAGAUCGCCUACAUUGUACAAACAGCUAAGGAGCGAGAAGCCCAUGUUAACCCCAGACAUAACCAUAAUGUCUGUAGGAACUGAGAUAACAUAUGGUAAUGAAAUGGUUCCCGAUGAAGGUUGGGUUGAUUUUUUGAACAACAAAUGGGAUAAAAAGAUAGUCUCAGAGGAAACUAGCAAGUUUUCUGAACUCACUAUGCAGUCUGAAACUGAACAACGUCAACACAAAGCUAGCUUUUAUGUUGAGAAAGAAAAAGCUCAGGAAGUAAUGAAGACUCUUUCUGAACGUCUGGUACAGCGAGGGCUAGAUGUAAAAAUAAUAUACAGCGGUGGGGUGGAUUUGGAUAUUUUACCCAAAGGUGCUGGGAAAGGACAAGCUCUUGCUUAUCUACUUACAAAGUUAAAGGCUUCUGGAAAAUUACCUAAAAAUACCCUUGCGUGUGGAGAUUCCGGGAAUGAUGCUGAGCUAUUCACCAUUCCAGAUGUGCAUGGUGUCAUGGUGAAGAAUGCACAGGAAGAACUGUUGCAGUGGCAUGCUGAAAAUGCCAAAAAUAACCCCAAGAUUAUUCAUGCAACCGAAAGGUGUGCGGCCGGUAUCAUAGAAGCUAUUGGCCAUUUCAAGCUAGGUCCAAAUGUAUCAUCGAGAAAUGAAACGGAUCUAUUAGAUGCUAAGUUGGACCAUUUCGACCCUGCAUAUGAAGUAGUUAAAUUUUACUUGUUACUCGAGAGGUGGAGACGUGCAGAAGUUGAAAAUGCUGAAGUCUAUUUGGGCAGACUGAAAUCUGUUUGCUCUCCUUCUGGUGUGUUUGUUCAUCCUUCGGGUGUUGAGCAAUCUCUUCAUGAUUGCAUUAAUAAGUUAAAAGACUGUUGUGGUGACAAAAAAGAUAAACAGUAUCGUGUUUGGGUUGAUCAAGUUUUCCCGUCACAGAUUGACUCAGAUACAUGGAUUGUGAAGUUCAAGAAAUGGGAGCAAACUGGUGAAGAGCAGCACGGUUGCUUGACAACAGUUGUAGUUAGCUCAAAGGGAGUGAAACCUACAGAAGGAUUUACUUGGGUUCAUGUGCAUCAGACAUGGAUUGAUGGCACGACACAGAAUACUCGCAAUGAUUGGUUCCUUUAAAGUUGUACAGCACCCCCACCUCUCAGAUAUCUUCAGUAGGCAAAUUGUACUCAAAAUAAACAUAGAAAAAUCAUUUCGUAGAGUUUCCUUUUCACUGACAUUAUUGGUCGAAGGCAAUUCUGUUACAAUAAACUGUCCCGACAAGCUCUAGUAUGCAUGUUGCAUAUGUAAAGAAUAUAUAAAGUUGAUUAUCUUUAUUUAACUCUUAUUGGUCGAAGGCAAUUCUGUUACAAUAAACUGUCCCGACAAGCUCUAGUAUGCAUGUUGCAUAUGUAAAGAAUAUAUAAAGUUGAUUAUCUUUAUUUAA